GGACCCCCCCCUCAACGGUUGUGGUACCCCUGUGAGGUUCGGGAACCCCCUUCCCCCAUGACUGAGGGAACCCCCCCCCCAAUAACUCUGGGACCCCCCCCUCCGGGGGGCUGCAGACCCCCUGAGAAGUUAGGGAUCCCCCGACGGCUGCAGGCCCCCCCCCAUGGCUGUGGGACUCCCCCAGCCCUGGUGGACCUCCGACGGGUCUGGGACCCCCAAAGGCUGUGAGACCCCCCCAACGGGUCUGGGACCCCCCCGAGUGUUUCAGGGUCCCCUGACAGCUGCAGCCCCCCCCCCCCCACAUGGCUGCAGCACCGUGCAGACACCAGACAUCCUGGACUCGUUCCAGGUCCCACACCACCCCAGGGGGCCCGGACCCACCAGGAGUCCCACAGGCACCCGGAGGUCCUGAACCCAUCAGGGAUCCUGCUGCCACCCAGUCACCUCGGGGGACCUAGACAUAUUGGGGACCCUGCAGCCACCCUGUGGGUCCUGGACCCACCUGGGGGUCCCGGGCCUGCCGGGCAUCCUGCAAUGGCACAGGGCACCGGACCCAUCGGGGGUCCUGUUGCUGUGUGUGGGUCCUGCACCCACCAGGGAGUCCCACCACUGUCAGCGGUCCAGGACCUCUCCGGACUCCAGGACCUCUUAGAGGUCCCACAGCCACCGGGGGGGGAGGGGGGUGUCCUGCACUCACUGGGAGUCCCACAGUCAUCAGGGGUCCCAGACCCAUCGGGGGUCCCCCAGGAUCAGGGAGUUCCCAACAUGGGGUGGGGGUCCAGGACCCCUGGGGUGGCUGCAGAACUCCCAGCAAGUGCAGGACCGCAACAAGUCCAGGACCACCAAGGCCACUGAAGGACGCCAAAUGGGCCCAGAACCCCAAUGGGUCUGGGACCCCUGGGGUCAGAUGGUUGCGAGGAUGAAGCUUCUUUCAUUUUUCCGUGCCAGCUGCCCUCUGCCUCACUUCGUUAUCUGCUUCCUGAUGCUCUGCAUUCCUGAGCUGGAGGCAGCUCAAGUUUCACGGCGAGGAGCAGACAGCCCCAUCCUCCUCGUCACUGUUGGGGCAGACGCCGUGCUGCCCUGCAGCCUCACCCCGUCCAGGAGCCCUCGGCCAGUGGAGGUGACCUGGCUGCAGGUGCUGAACUCCUGGCCAUGGCAUCACAGCCACGCAGGGACGGCCAGGGAUGGGGCGCCAGGACACAGCCGAAGGACAGUGCUGCAGAAGCGCUGGACCUGUGGGGGCCACGCAGAUUUGAGGCUUUCCGGAGUCGGACCCUCCAACGAGGGACGCUACACCUGCUUGGUUCAAAACAAGAUCAAAUAUGAAGGUGCCCGGCUGGAACUGAAGGUGACAGCCACAGGGUCUGCUCCUUACAUCUCCAUGGAGAGCUACCAAGGAGGCGUCAGAGCUGUGUGUCGAUCGGCUGGUUGGUACCCACAGCCCCAGAUGGUGUGGAGGGAUCCCAACCAUCAGCUCUUACUGCAGCAGUCCCAAACACAUUCCCAGGAUGAGAGAGGCCUCUUUGAAGCACGAAGUACCCUUGUUAUAAUAGGAAACACUACGAAGAACCUGUCCUGCGUGGUGAGGAACAUCUACCUCAACCAAGAGAAGGAAACGGCUUUUCAAACCCCAGACUUUUCACAAGCUGCCUAUCCAGGGAUGGGUGUUCUAACCAUGAUCCUGACAGUGUUUGGUUUCAUUGGCUUCGUUGCAUAUCUGUCAAAGACCAAAGGGUGGCGGAGAUUUGUGGACAAAAUGGGAAAAGCAAACAUGACCCUGGAUCCGGCCACAGUUCACCCCUGGCUGCUCCUCUCCAAAGACGGCAGAGGCGUGAGGUGGGGAGAAGAGCAGCAAGAGCUGCCCGAGACGCCAGAACAAUUCGACACGUGGCGCUGCGUGCUGGGCCGUGAGGGCUUCUCCGCAGGCAGACACGCCUGGGAAGUGACGGUGGGCGGUGGGAAGAGCUGGGGCGUCGGGCUGGCCAGGGCCUCUCUGAAGAGGAAGGGACGGACCUACCUGGGCCCUGAGGAGGGGGUCUGGGCAGUGGUGAAGCUGGAGGAGGUGUUUCGGGCUCUCACCUCCCCUGAACGCACCCCACUGCCACAGAGCUGUGUCCCUAGAAGGAUCCGCGUGUCCCUGGAGUAUGACAAGGGGCAGGUGGCCUUUUCUGAUGCAGAAACUGAUGCCCCCAUCUUCACUUUCCCGCCAGCCUCGUUCAGGGGGGAGAAGAUCCAUCUUUGGCUCUGGGUGUGGGACAAAAACUGGCUCAGGUUGGCUCCCUGAAGUGCCCCUCAGAGGACCCAUAUGAGUCUGGCCUUGGUCAUUUCAUGGUCUUGCUGCUUCUCAAGGAUAUCUUUCUUGAAGACUUCCUCCUGAAUCAAUUCGGUGACCCCAGAGGAUCAGUGGUUUUGGACUGGUCUGUCGAAGGACAGUCAGCCAGCAAGCACUGAGAUGAAGCAGGGGAAACCCCCCGACUGCCGUUUCUGCCCAGAGAUGGGACUGAGUUGGACUUAUUGCAACGUGGUCUUUCUUGCGGUUGUGUCUUCCCCAACCCUGGGAGCAUAUGUCCUUCGCUUCAAGUGUUAAUGGGGAGAGCUGAUAGCUGGUGCUGGGCCUUUCUUGCCGUGCUUCUUCUGGUUGUGUUGGGUGGGAGAAGCUGUUCAAAAGAAAUGGUCUUCCAAGCUACCAGGAUUGUGUGCUGGUGUGAGUGUGGGCAAGCACUGGGCUCUAAAUAAAGGUCUUCACACUUCC